UCAGUUGUUUUUUUUUUUUUUGCUGGAGUUGAUCUGAAGCAUCUGCCUUCCCAAGGAAUAUCCCGAGAAACCUUUGCGAAGCAGCCGAACUGGGAUGAAGCUGGCUUGGUUAUGCUUAUAUGUGAAAACCUUCCUCCUGCGCUGCAGAUUUGACCUACCACCUCCCUCCAUCCUGGAGUUGUGACUCCUGUGUCAGGUGACAUUCGUAUAUUUAUGUGAUCAGGUCAGGAGCGUCUUAAUCUCCCUUUUUGCUGAUGACUUUAAUAUUUGCUUCUUCAAAAUGACCCCCUCCUGCACAAUUACGCAUUUCACUUUCACUGGGACAUUAGAGAAGUGCCACUGGGUGACUUGUGACUUUUGCUAUGGGACAGGUAGAGAGUCUGGCACAGACCAUGAAGUCCACUGAAAUAUUUCACUUUCCGUGGAACCCAACUACAGAGCCUCAGAAAUUGUUAACUGCUUUAUGCCUUUUUUGUGAUCAGGGGAAGAAUAAAUGACCUUAUCACACAGACACCUUUCUUUCAGACUUGAAUAAUACUUGAAAGCCAAAUGCUGCCUGUUUUUUUGGCCGGUGAGAAGUAAUUGCUAUGCAAAAGAAAAGAAAAGAAAAGAAGAAUUUUGAUACCGAUCUGCAGCAAAAUGACCUCUCCCUGCCCUGGGUGAGAUCUAGUAUCGGCUCACCCAGUGGGAGAUCAGGGACAAGACUUCUUCUUCCCCUCUUCACUUAGAAAACUUAAAAAAAUAAAUUAAUUAGUGGCUUUUGCGGCUGCCAAGUGGAACUUCUAAUAUAGUGUUCCGAGAAACAAGCAGUGUCUGGAAAAAUGUGCUCUGCCUCUUGACUUGAACCGCAUGCCUUGAGUGAUCUGGUCCCCGUCCCACGCUACCCCCAAGGAACACACUUCCUUGUGAAGGUAUCUCUGCCAAUCUGGAAGGUUGGUGUCUUCUCAGGUCGGGACCACCCACCUUUCAAUACUUUAUGGGUCAGCAGCCUGGAAAAGUUCUUGGGGACCAGCGGAGGCCGAGUCUGCCCACACUUCACUUUAUCAAAGGCCCAGGGAAGAAGGAAGCAUCCAGGCAUGGGUCUGCCCACUGCAACGUCUUUCUGGUUCACGAAGCGCUUCAGAGGCCAGUAGCCUCUGAAUUUGAGCCCCAGGGCCUAAGUGAAGCCGUCCGCUGGAACUCCAAGGAGAAUCUGCUUUCGGGUCCCGGAGAAAAUGACCCCAACCUUUUCGUUGCCCUGUAUGAUUUUGUAGCAAGUGGAGACAACACUCUCAGCAUAACUAAAGGUGAAAAGCUCCGCGUCUUGGGCUAUAACCACAAUGGGGAGUGGUGUGAGGCCCAGACAAAGAACGGGCAAGGCUGGGUCCCCAGCAACUACAUCACCCCUGUGAACAGCUUAGAGAAGCACUCAUGGUACCAUGGGCCAGUGUCGCGGAAUGCGGCAGAGUACCUGCUGAGCAGUGGGAUCAACGGUAGCUUCCUGGUGCGGGAGAGUGAGAGCAGUCCAGGCCAGCGGUCCAUAUCGCUGAGAUACGAGGGAAGGGUUUACCACUACCGGAUCAACACUGCAUCUGAUGGGAAGCUCUACGUGUCUUCGGAGAGCCGCUUCAACACUUUGGCUGAGCUGGUCCACCAUCACUCGACCGUGGCAGAUGGGCUGAUCACCACUCUGCACUACCCGGCCCCCAAGCGCAACAAGCCCACAAUCUAUGGUGUGUCCCCCAACUACGACAAGUGGGAGAUUGAACGGACGGACAUCACCAUGAAGCACAAACUUGGAGGGGGCCAGUAUGGCGAGGUAUACGAAGGCGUCUGGAAGAAGUAUAACCUCACAGUGGCGGUGAAGACCUUAAAGGAAGACACUAUGGAGGUAGAAGAAUUCUUGAAAGAAGCAGCGGUAAUGAAGGAGAUCAAGCAUCCAAACUUGGUGCAAUUACUGGGCGUAUGCACACGGGAGCCUCCGUUUUACAUCAUCACCGAGUUCAUGACAUAUGGAAACCUCUUGGAUUACCUGCGGGACUGCAACAGGCAGGAGGUGAAUGCUGUUGUGCUCCUCUACAUGGCCACCCAGAUCUCCUCUGCUAUGGAGUACCUAGAGAAGAAGAAUUUCAUCCACAGGGACCUGGCUGCCCGGAACUGCCUUGUUGGGGAGAACCACCUGGUGAAGGUGGCCGAUUUUGGUUUGAGCCGGCUGAUGACAGGUGACACCUACACAGCUCACGCCGGCGCCAAGUUCCCCAUCAAGUGGACUGCGCCAGAAAGUCUCGCCUACAACAAGUUCUCCAUCAAAUCUGACGUCUGGGCCUUUGGUGUCUUGCUUUGGGAAAUUGCAACAUAUGGGAUGUCUCCAUAUCCUGGGAUCGACCUAUCUCAGGUCUAUGAGCUCCUAGAGAAGGACUACCGAAUGGAACGACCUGAGGGCUGUCCGGAGAAAGUCUAUGAGCUCAUGAGAGCAUGCUGGCAGUGGAGCCCAUCCGAUAGGCCUUCCUUUGCAGAAAUCCACCAAGCAUUUGAAACUAUGUUUCAGGAAUCCAGCAUUUCUGAUGAGGUGGAGAAAGAGUUGGGGAAGAAAGGAAUGAGAAGCGUAGUGAGCACCUUACUACAAGCUCCAGAACUGCCAACAAAGACAAGAACAUCCAGAAGAGGAGCUGAAUGCAAAGAAGCCAAUGAGAGCUUGGAGGCGGGACCCACCAAAGGGCCAGGGGAAUGCGAUCCCACAGACCACGAGCCAGCAGUGUCCCCCUUGCUGCUGCGGAAGGAGAGGGGCCCUGCAGACGGGGGCUUGAAUGAGGAUGACCGCUUGCUCCCAAAGGACAAGAAGACCAACCUCUUCAGCGCCCUCAUCAAGAAGAAGAAGAAGAUGGCCCCCACCCCACCCAAGCGGAGCAGCUCCUUCCGGGAGGCGGACGCCCAUCUGGACCGCAAGGGAGGGGGUGAGGAAGAGGGCAAGGAGGGCAGCAACGGGGCUGCGCUGGCAGACGCCGAGGACCGCUCCAGGUUCCAAGGUGCCAUCAGCGAGGCUGGAGUCACCAAUGGGACUGUGUCUGGGAACUCAGGGUUGCUGUCGCCCAACCCCUGGAAGAAAUCUGGCCCUGCCACCAAUAGCCGGCCAGGGGGCAGUGAGGAAGAGAACAGCUUGAACUCUGCCAGCAAGCGCUUCCUGCGAUCGUGCUCAGCCUCCUGUGUGCCCCAUGGGACCAAGGACACAGAGUGGAAGUCCGUCACCCUGCCCCGGAACCUGCAAUCCACAGGGCGUCAGUUCAACUCGUCCACCUUUGGGGGGCACAAGAGUGAGAAGCCUGCCCUGCCUCGGAAGAGGGCCAACGAGGCAAAGGCAGACGUGGUCACCCGGGGGACAGUGACCCCACCUCCUCGGCUGCUCAAGAAGAGCGAUGAGGCGCCCGAAGACGUCUUCAGAGAUGCCGAGUCCAGCCCGGGUUCCAGUCCGCCCACACUGACGCCCAAACUUAUCCGGAGGCAGCAGCUUGUGCCUCCCGCCAGCCUUCCUCACAAAGAGGAAGGCAUGAAAUCCAGUGCCUUAGGAGGUGGGUUGGGAGCAGAGCAGAGCCCCUCUGCCAAAGCUGGCAUCUUCCUCAGCAAAGCUCCUGCUGAAGAGCCCCGGCUGAGGAAGGCAAAACAGCCUUCGGAGAAAGACAAGGGGAAACUCUCCAAGUUGAAACCAGCCCCGCCCCCUCCACUCUCCUCCUCCUCUUUUUCCAUAGGGAAAAGCAGCAAGGGGGGUCUUAGCCCGGGACACGAGGAGACACCCAUGCCAAAGGGCAAGCAGCCAACUCAGGCCACAGACUCCUCGAGCAUUGAGCCCCCCAAGUCCAGUCUGUUAGCAGAGGGGAUGAAAAAGCCUGCGAUCUCCUCUGUACCAAAGCCCCCAUCCUCCACAAAACUGCUGCUGAUGGCAGCCUCCGCCUCCUCCACUACUUCUCCCUCAUCUGCCCCAAGUGUUGACCAGCCUCCCUCUACGGCCUUCAUCCCCCUCAUCUCCACUCGUGUCUCCCUGCGAAAGACCCGCCAGCCCCCAGAGAAGAUCGCCAGUGGUGCCGUCACCAAGGGGAUGGUCUUGGAGAGCUCUGAGGCUCUGCGGACGGCCAUCAGCAAGAACUCUGAGCAGAUGGUGAGCCACAGCGCCGUCCUGGAGGCAGGCAAGAAUCUCUACACUUUCUGUGUCAGCUACGUGGACUCCAUUCAGCAGAUGCGGAAGUUCACAUUCCGGGAAGCCAUCAACAAGCUGGAGAACAGCCUCCGGGAACUCCAGAUCUGCCCUACUGCAGCCACCGGGGGCCCCUCUGCCACCCAGGACUUUAGCAAGCUGCUCAGUUCUGUGAAAGAAAUUAGUGACAUCGUCCAGAGGUAGCAGAAGCCACUGGAUACCUGUAACUGGGGAAGAUGAUGGGUUGCUGCACAGCUGAGUGCAGAUGCAGGACUUGGGGGUGGGGUGGCACGGGUGGGGGUGGAGGGCAUCAGUUGGGACUGGCCAAGGCAUUUUGUGGCCUGGGGCAGAACAAAACAGCCCCAAAAUCGUCACACAUAUUAACUAACACAGGGUGAUGUCUUCUGCGCUUGACCCAACUGAAACCAGUGGGUCCCAGGAAAUACAAUUCAAGGGGUGUGUGAGGCUAUGAAGCUCACUGAAGUGAAGCAGGUCUGGAUCUGGUCACUGCCGGAAAAGGAGGCUUCCCAGGAGAUACAAAGGUGCACCACCUGGGGUCCUGUGAUGGAAAGAAGUCAAUACACAAACAGACACAGAAAGUGUGCAAGAACAGAUCUCCUCAAUUUUAGCCAGGGGUUACACAGGAUCCUCUGAGGGUUUCUAUCUCCCUCCCUCCCUCUGUGUCACCCUUAAGGGCUCUCAAAACCCUCUGCCUCACCUUGAACCACCCCGUCCUAUCAGGUGUGGGCACAAAGCUGCCUGUUCAGUGCAGGUCUAGCCCCUGAACCAGAGACUCAUUGAGAGAUGGUCCACCCAUCCACAUCUCUCUCUCCCUCUCCCCCUCUCCCUUUUCUAACCCAGAUUCCCUGCUGUCUCGAAAUCCUCUUAUCUGUGGAGUUCUCGCCUUGAGGGGAAAUGACUGAACAGUAUUGAGGCUGGCAUCAUUUCCUUUUAUUCCUGUUUAAUGUUUCAUUUCUUUUGGACUAACCUGUAUGUUGGAGGCUGUGCUUGAUGGACCCUGCUGCCUGGACCAGUUUUCCUGGCCAAAAGGUGUAUGGAGGAGGUCUCUUCAAGUUCCUUCCUCCUCUUCUCCCCUGUAUGGUGUUUUAUUCCAUACCUGCCCUUCUCCACUUCCCUGUCAUCUGCACCAGAUCUCUGUAUUUUCCAGUUUGGAACUGGCUAGCGAAGGGGACAGAGGGAGGAGGAGAUAUUGGCAAUGAUGCAAAAGCCCUGUCUUGCCAGGAGAAUCUGAGCAAUUAUUAUGUCCCUUUGCCCCCAUGUUCCCACCACUACCUGUAUCCACUGUCCAGGGGUCCUUUAUCUUACCUUACCUUACCUUAGACCUGUUCUGGUGGUGAAAAACCACCACCACCACCGCAUUCCCAUCUCUCCAAUAAACAGCCUAGCCAAAUUAUUUCGAAAAUGGCAUGAUUCAACCAGGGCAUCAUUAAAGCAGGAACCUCCCUAAAUGUAUGCUGGUGGUGAAUUGCUAGCAUCUGACUAGAAAUUUAAAUGGGAGCUGUAAAUCUCUCCCCCUCAAAAAAAAAAAAUGUAGCACUGUCCUGCAAAGAAACACUUUUGGUGGGUUUUCAGAAAUUUGUUAAUUUUCAUAGAGGUGGGGCUUACUAUCAGUAUUUAACCAGAGGCAGAAGAGAAUUUUAUCCUCCCACACUAAUUUCCUUCCUGAAACAAGCUGCAGUCAUUCCCACUGUAGAUUCACUUUGUGCUUUCAUAUUUGGACUACAAAGUACUUUGUUCAGGGCAUGGAUGGGAAACCUGUGGCCUUCUGGAUGCUGUUGAAACUCCCAGUUCUCAGCGGCCAGCAUGGCCAACAGUCCAGUGGGUAUGGGAGCUGUGAGCCCAACAAUGAGGGACUGGCAGUUAGUUCUUGUUGGAUGCCUGGCCCCUUGUCAGGGAUUUUGGAAGUUGUAGUCCAAUAACGUCUGUAAGGGCACACAACCACUGACUCUUGAUUUAAUGAAAAUGAACUGCAAUCCUUUGUGUUCAUAAACCCCUCUUGACAAAGGCUCAUCUUACAGUAGCACCGCUCCUAACAAGUGCCAAGAGGGGAUUAGAUGAUUGAAUGCAAAAGGUAAUUCCCUGCAGAUGCCAAACUAGGCAUGUCAGGAAGAAGUGUGCAGGAAGAAGGCAGGUCACAUGCUGUCUUUGUCUCUGUAGGAUCCCUCAUCCUCAAUUAAAUAGAUAGAUAUAUAGAUAAGAUAGACUUGGAUGGCUUUAAAAGAGGAGUGGACAAUUCAGGGAGCAGAAGGCUAUUGAUGGCUACUUGCCAUGGUGGCUGUGCUCUGCUUCCAUAGUCGGAGGCAGUAAUGCUUCUGAUUUCCAGUUGCUGGAACUCUUGAGAGGGGAGAGCUUUUGAAAUCAUGUUCUAUUUGCCUGUUUCCUGCGGGCAUCUGGUUAGCCACUGUGAGAACAGGAUUCUGGGCGAGAUGGCUCAUUGGCCUGAUCCAGCAGGCUCUUAUGUUCUUAGAUAAACAGACACGCACAGGGGAGCAUUUGAUCCCAUCUGCACAGAGGGUUCUAAGAGCCAGGAGCAGUUUUAUCCAAUGAGACAUUUGUUGACAGAAUCUCCUAAUCCAAGAGCAUAACUAACCCCCUGCCCUUUUGCAAAGCGAUUAGCUCCUCUGUCUUGCUGGCUUCCCAAAGCCUUGUCCCAUCACCUGCUCACCAGUCUACUGUCACAUUUACUGCCCAGGAGGUUUCAAUCCCACCUACUGUCCCUUUGGCAAAAAUUGUUUUUUUGAUCAGCUCAAUGCUACUUCACCCUGUUAACUGCAAUUUACCGCCACUUGAUUUUUUAAAAAGCGAGGCUCAAGGAAACCAAAACCGAUUAUCAUUCGCCCCUUCCUUUUCUUCUUUGGCCUCGCGCUGUCCUUAUCCUAUGUGUCUUCAGCACUAACCACUUUUAAAUUACAUUGCUGCCUUCCUCUUUGAGGGUUUUUUAGCUGUGAUUCCUGCAUUGCAGAGGGUUGGACUAGAUGACCCUACCAAUUCUAUGAUGCUACAAUUUCCUUUUUUAUACGCUGGUUAUGUCGCUGUGACAUUUCUGAGACUCUUUCCUCUUCACUCCACCCACAAAACCCACUUGCACACCGCUCUGCAAAAUAGCCAUAACAUUUUUUUUUGUACAUGACAAUAAAUAUGGGGAUGUAAAUGCACCACUGCCAGCUGCCUUUGUGGACCCAGAUGUGCAUGACAAAAAACAAACAGUAGACCAAAAAAGACUUGCACCCCUAAACACUCACAUACACACCCAGAAAACGAUCUCUCUUUUCCAGUUGGGCUCUACUGUUUCCAGAGGGUACCAAUUUCGUUUUUGUGGAUAAUCUCUUGUUGCCACUAUAGAUAUAUGUUUGUAACUCAAUAUUACACACAGUUUUUGUAGGUCUUUCUGUCUGUUUCGUUUUACAACAUGUGAAUAGCUGUGUCUCUCUUUGCACCCCCACCCACCCACGCAAUAAUACUUGCGGGACUUUGUAGUUUUCCUCCCUCAGCUGAUGAUUGUCCAGUUCAGAAUGCGGGGCUGGGGGCUGGAGGAUACCUCCCCUCCCCCCUGUAAAUGGCUUUCUCUCUCUA